CUAAAUGACAUCUCCGCAGUUGAUGCCGUUGUGGUUAAUUAUGUGAUUUUUGUCUUUAUUUUGUUGUAUUUGUAUUUCAUUGAAUAUUUUUUACAUUAUGCAGGCAGUGCGGCAUGUUGUUUGCGCUAUGUCUGGUGGAGUGGACAGCUCUGUAGCAGCGCUACUGCUCAAACGAAGAGGUUACCAGGUAACUGGUGUGUUUAUGAGGAAUUGGGACUCGCUGGAUGAACAUGGUGUGUGUACCUCAGAGAAAGACUGUGAAGAUGCUUAUAAAGUCUGUCACAUGUUGGAUAUCCCCUUUCACCAGGUCUCUUAUGUCAAAGAGUACUGGCACGAAGUUUUCAGUAACUUAUUAAAGGAAUAUGAAAAGGGAAGGACUCCAAAUCCUGAUAUACUAUGUAAUAAACAUAUUAAAUUUAACUACUUCUUCCAGUAUGCAAUCGGCAGCUUGGGAGCUGAUGCCAUGGCUACAGGUCACUAUGCAAGAACUUCCCAAGAAGAUGAAGAAGCUUUCCAACAGAGACUUACUCCUCGUCCUCAAACACUUUUCCGAAACAGAUUUGAAAUUAGAAAUCCUGUAAGACUACUUCAAGGCGCUGAUCAUUUUAAAGACCAGACAUUCUUCCUCAGCCAGGUACCCCAGGGUGCAUUGAGGAGAACUCUGUUCCCAUUAGGAGAGCUCACUAAAGAUUUUGUGAAGAAGAUUGCAGCAGAGGCAGGUUUCAAGCAUGUGCUCAAAAGGAAAGAGAGCAUGGGAAUCUGUUUUAUAGGAGAAAGGCAUUUUGAAAAGUUUAUUCUUGAGUAUUUAGACCCUCAUCCUGGAAACUUUGUAUCUGUAGAAGACGGGAAGAUCAUGGGAACUCACAAAGGUUGGUUUACAUUUACCUUGGGGCAGAGGGCCAGAAUAGGUGGGCAGAGAGAUGCUUGGUUUGUUGUGGAUAAGGAUAUAACAACAAGCGACGUCUUUGUGGCACCGACCACAAAUCACCCAGCUUUGUUCAGAGACACUUUACGCACAGGCAGGUUUCACUGGAUUGCUGAGGAACCCCCUGCUGAACUUAUAAAAAAUAAAAUGAUGGAAUGCAAUUUCCGUUUCCUCCACCAGAUGCCACUUGAACCAUGCACAGUAACUCUUAACAUGGACGGUUCAGUUUGGGUGACACUUGUUAAGCCAGUCAGAGCGCUAACACCUGGGCAGUUUGCUGUGUUUUACAAGGGUGAUGAGUGCCUUGGAAGUGGAAAAAUCAUCCGCCUCGGCCCCUCAAUGUACACCUUGCAUCAGGGACAAGAGAGAAUGAAAGUGGCAGAAACCGCCCCAGCUAAAACAGACCAGAGUUCGAAACCAGCAAGAUGAUCAUAACGUCAUAAUACCAAUAAUAACAUUAACUUAAUAUUCAUAUUAAAAAAAAAAAAAAAAAAAAGCAGCUUAGGUCAAUUGCAGAAUACCAGUGAUUUAAUCCACAUCAAGUAUCUUUACUAAUUUUAUCCUGAUUGCAUCGUUGCAAACAGAUGAUCCCGGUAACCGGUUUAACUGACUGGAACAAGUUAGAUCGAUAAUGGGGACUGAUGUAACUUAAAAAAAAGGAUGGUGAGUAAGUAGAUUCAAGAAAAUGCACAGAGUCCUUUUCUUCAAUCAGU